AUGGCCUCAUCAAGUGGAAACUCUUCUAUUUGCACCAAGAUUCAAAGCUCGGGGUCUGAAGAAGAUUUGCAGGUUCUCAGGACAGACGAGAGGAAGAACAAGAGAAAGCUGUCGAAUCGAGAAUCUGCGAGAAGAUCUCGGAUGCGCAAGCGUAACCACUUGGAAGAUCUCACGAAGCAAGUGUCACAGUUCACAAAAGAGAACAGGGAAAUCCUCGGGACCAUAGACAUGACCACACAACACUAUCUGAAAAUUGAGGCAGAGAAUUGUGUUCUGAGGGCCCAAAUGGGUGAGCUUGGCCAACGACUCCAAUCGCUGAACGACAUCAUCGUCGACAUCAUCAAUCACACAACCACCUCCUACGAAAGGGACUGUUAUCUAACAAGUGCACAAAAUUUCACCAACACCCGCUGUUUCCACCAACCCGUUUUUCAGUGGUGA